AUGGCUAAACAAAUUUCUUUUCUUCUACUGCUGCUAACGCUUGGCCUGCUCUAUAGUUUGAUUGAAGCUAUGUACCUAACUCCUCUGUGUAACGAUCCAAGCUGGUACUGUCGUUACAAAUCAAGAGCAGACAAAUGUAACAAAACGGACGAAUGUUUUUCACCAGUUCCAAAAGAUGACGUGAAAAUAGAGAAACUACUACCCACAAAUUCUGAUACUAUUACAUCACAACCUACUUUUUACAAUGCUGUUGGCUAA